AAAAAACAACCACAAACACUAACUUGCUAAUAUUCAACACUAGUCUGUUGACAACAACAUGGUCGCUUCAAAUAAUAGUAGUAACAAUCAUCUAGAUUCUCCUGGCUCAUCAACUCCUUUCAAUAAACAUUUAUCACAACCAGAAACCACAUCAUCAUCCCUAUCGACUUCCUCAUCCUCUCUCAACACACCAUCCAAUGCACAACCACCACGAGAAUCGAUUGAUUUGAAUCACAUGCCAACAUCAGCCAGCACCAAAAAAGGAGGAAACAAUCAAUUACUUGUUGGCUCCACUUCAACAGCACCCCAAAGAGAAUCAGAAGUUUCAAAAGAGGAAGAAGCAAGCACAGAGGAAAAGACAUGUUUAGAUAUGUACAUGCAAUCACCCUGCUCUGGCAUUUGGAUGUAUGAUAUAGGUGAUAAGUUGGAUAAGAUUCAUCCAAUUCUUUCAAUUCCAUUCUAUGUAGUAUGUUGUCCAUUUUCAAUGCCAUGCAUCUUUUUGAGUGGUUGUUUAAUGGCAUCAGAUGGUUCUUCAGAGGAUGACGAUGUGGACACAGCAACACCAUAUGCAUUGAAGAAGAAAAAGGAAGAAAAUUCAAAAGAAGGAAAAGUUCAAUAAAAUGAUUUUUC